AGUUGAGGAGUGGAUUUGGUGACGUCACCGCAGCCAGCGCCCCUGCGCACCACACAAGCCUGAACACGCGCUCACCCACCGAGAAGAAGAAGCUCGAGACGUCAGUUGAAACAUGGCGUUGGACGGGAGAGCUGUCAGCAGCAAACAGAGGGAAACAACCGCUUCACCGGCCGCCGCUUCUCACUGAAACCCGACGACGGAUUACCUGCUGUCUGCCGGAGCACGUUGACCUGCGUUUCAUCCUUUUUCUGCCACUUUUUAAGGACUCGACGCGACGUCAACGGCGAAGCUAGCGUGACAGGCAGUUCGAGGUUUAGCUAACGUUUACCUGGACGGUUUGACGGGAUGUGUGUUUAACUCACCGACGGUUGUUUAAACGGUGCGGGAGCUAGCGAGCUGUCAGCUAGCAAGCCCUCAGCUGCCUGGUUUUAACCCUUUAAACUUCACCUCAUACGCCAAGUUUGGACUGCUUUUAGCCAAAAAAAGCGUUGGGGAAAUGUCAGACAACCAGAGCUGGAACUCGUCCGGUUCCGAGGAGGAUGCAGAGCCCAGAGAUGAAUCUGGACACCUGAUUGGGGUCGUGGACUUGAGCGGAGUCCUCAGUAAGUGGACAAAUUACAUCCAUGGAUGGCAGGACCGUUGGGUGGUCCUGAAAAACAACACGCUGAGCUACUACAAGUCCCAGGAUGAGACGGAGUACGGCUGUCGGGGUUCCCUCUGCCUUAGCAAAGCCGUCAUCACUCCUCAUGAGUUUGACGAAUGCCGGCUGGACAUCAGCGUGAACGACAGCGUGUGGUACCUCAGAGCACAAGACCCAGAGCACAGACACCAGUGGAUCGACUCCAUUGAGCUCCACAGGAGUGUCAGAGAGGGGAGGAGAGAGAAAGGAGGAAUCCAGGGAACGAUAAUCGUCCCUCCACCACUGGUUGAUUCUGGAUACGGCUCAGAGUCCAGUCUGCGGAGACAUGGCUCCAUGCUGUCUCUCACAUCAGCCACCAGCGGCUUCUCUGCCACCUCCACAUCCUCCUUCAAGAAGGGCCACAGCCUGAGAGAGAAGCUGGCAGAGAUGGAGACCUUCAGAGAUAUCUUGUGCAGACAGGUGGACACGCUUCAGAAGUACUUCGAUAGCUGCUCAGACGCCGUGUCCAAGGACGAGCUGCAGAGGGAUAAAAUCGUGGAGGAUGACGAGGACGAUUUCCCCAACACCCGGACGGAUGGAGAGUUUCUGCACAACAACAACGGCAGCAAAGAAAAAUUGUUCCAGUCCUUGAGUCCCAAAGGAAUCAAUGGCAUAGACUUUAAGGGUGAGGCCAUCACAUUCAAGGCCACCACGGCCGGGAUCUUGGCCACUCUGUCCCACUGUAUCGACCUCAUGGUGAAGAGAGAAGACAGCUGGCAGAAGAGACUGGACAAGGAGAUGGAGAAACGGCGAAGAAUAGAGGAAAGCUAUAAGUCAGCCCUCAAUGAGUUGAAGAAAAAGUCUCACUUUGGAGGUCCAGAUUAUGAGGAGGGUCCGAACAGCCUCAUUAAUGAGGACGAGUUUUUUGAUGCAGUUGAAGCUGCUCUCGACAGACAGGACAAAAUCGAAGAACAGUCUCACACUGAGAAGACGAGGAUACAGAGAUCCAGCCCCGUCCCCCCUGGAGACGUCUAUUCCAGCUCCGGCACGCACAGAUUUUCUGAAAAGCCUCAUAGUCAGUCCUCCUCUGCUCUGAUAGUCAGCGCCCCUCCUCACGAUGUCCACAGAUUCAGCGCAGAGGUGGAGGAGAUGGUGCAGAAUCACAUGACCUACUCCCUGCAGGAUGUCGGUGGAGACGCCAACUGGCAGCUGGUUGUGGAAGAGGGAGAAAUGAAGGUGUACAGGAGAGAGGUGGAAGAAAAUGGGAUUGUUUUGGACCCGCUGAAGGCCACUCACUCAGUUAAAGGGGUGACUGGUCAUGAGGUCUGCCACUACUUUUGGGACACUGCCUAUCGCAACGACUGGGAGACCACCAUUGAAAACUUCAAUGUUGUGGAGACACUUUCGGACAAUGCAGUAAUUGUUUAUCAAACGCACAAGAGGGUGUGGCCUGCAUCUCAGAGGGACGUGCUGUACCUGUCUGCCAUGAGAAAGAUCAUUGCCAACAAUGAGAAUGACCCAGACACCUGGCUGGUCUGCAACUUCUCUGUGGAUCACGACGAUGCACAGCCAAGCAACAGGUGUGUCCGUGCCAAAAUCAACAUUGGCAUGAUCUGUCAGACUCUGGUCAGCCCACCAGAGGGAGACAAAGAGAUCAGCAGAGACAACAUCCUGUGUAAAAUCACCUACGUCGCCAAUGGUGAGUAUUUAUGUCUUCAUUUGGCUUCGGUUGACUUUUAAAUUCAGACCUAAAAAGUGCUGAGUGUCUUCAAAAGUCCAAAAUUGACGCACAA